AUGCGUGGCUUUUUUCUCUUGCCCUCGCCGUUGACGGCUCUCCUUGCCACUUCUCUCUUGUCUGGCCAUGUUGAGGCAGGCUUCUGGAGUAAGAAGUCGCUGAUGGGCUCGGGUUCCGAGUCCGGCUCGGGCGCAGGUUCAAGUACCCAGUCUGGCGCCGGAAAGUAUAGCGCGGCCAACAACAUGAUGUUGAAGAUGGGCGCCUCAACCAUUGACACCCCUGGUGCCCAAUGUACUUGGGAAGACCUAUCCUCAGAGCCCAUCAUCAUCUACCCCCAAGCGGAAGCGAACCGCACCUACAUCGCGUUGGGCAUGCAAUUAUCCAUCAACCUCACCUCGCUCGACCCCCUCGACAUCAUGGCAUCGUCCAAACUCUACAUCUCCUACAUCCAGUCAGGCUUACAACCGAGAUCGUCCGACAACCCCGUCAUGAUCUCCGACAUCAACCCGCUGGUACCUUUCCAGAUGUCGGGCCAGAGCACAAAUCAGCCAGUGAUGCUGGUCACGCUCCUCUACAUCCAGCCGCACCCGCUGAUCAUCGAGGAAAAGUUCUCGCUAGCCUUCAGCGGAAUGCAGAUGGACGAGACCAAGCGGCAGAACUUCAAUUUUGAGGACUUCCUCGACAGCGCAGCCAUCACAAAACUACAGGCCACCACGUGGGUCGUGAUCAACGGCACCAACAACGGAGUAGACGGGGGCAUGGGAGGCGGAGCAGGCGCGACUCCAACUCCGCUGCCGACUCCGCUCCCCGGAAACGGCACCGCCGGCGGCAACGGGACCGCGGGUGGGGCUGUGGUAACCACUAUUACCACCAUCGACGCCAAUGGCAACCCCAUCCUCCUCACCUCCACGCUCCCUAGCACCCCGGGGGCGGGCACGCCCGGUGCCGGUGACGGUGCUGGCGGCGGAACGCCCACGGUAAUAACCACCACCGACGCCAACGGUAACCCCGUCCUCAUAACCUCCACGCCACCACCCAGCACCGCCGGCUCAGGCGGGUCCGGCGGCGGUGGCAGCGGCAGCGACGGCAGUUCAGGCCAAUCCGGAGACAACGGCAAUGGUGGCGGCGGCGGUGGAGGUUCCAUGCAAACCAUCUACACGACCGACGCGAACGGCAACCCCGUUAUCCUGACCACCGCCGUGGGCGCUAAUGACGGCGCCAGCGGCGGAACCCCCACGGUGAUCACCACGACGGACGCAAACGGUAACCCCGUCCUGAUCACCUCCACUCCCGUCGCGGGAGGCCCCGGCUCAGGCUCAGGCUCAGACGACGGCAGCGGCGGCGGCGGCGAGACAAACGGCGACCCCGUGAUCGCAACCUCCGGCCUGCCCGGCGGCGGUGGCAGCGGCAGCGACGGCAGUUCAGGCCAAUCCGGAGACAACGGCAAUGGUGGCGGCGGCGGUGGAGGUUCCAUGCAAACCAUCUACACGACCGACGCGAACGGCAACCCCGUUAUCCUGACCACCGCCGUGGGCGCUAAUGACGGCGCCAGCGGCGGAACCCCCACGGUGAUCACCACGACGGACGCAAACGGUAACCCCGUCCUGAUCACCUCCACUCCCGUCGCGGGAGGCCCCGGCUCAGGCUCAGGCUCAGACGACGGCAGCGGCGGCGGCGGCGAGACAAACGGCGACCCCGUGAUCGCAACCUCCGGCCUGCCCGGCGGCGGCGGCGGCGCAGGCACACCCGGCGCAGGCACACCCGGCGCGAGCACGCCCGGAGCCGCAGCCGGCACGCCCACCGUCAUCACGACCACCGACGCAAACGGCAACCCGAUCCUUGACGCCGAUCAGGCGGGUGUGCCGAAGGUCACGACCCUUCCGGAGGAGGGUGGGGAUGGAAAUGGGGGUGGGGGGGAGGGGCAGAAUGGGACGCCUACGCCGACGCCGGGGGCAAGUGGUGGUGGUAGUGGUGGUGGUGGUGGAGUUGAGAGUGGUGGAGCGGGGGGGAGUACUGCUACCCCUGUCCCUGGCGGCGCUGGAGGGGGAGGUGGGAGCGGGACGCCUGUUGAGAGUGGUGCCGGCCAGACGGCGACUCCGGUCCCUGGGGGGUCGCAGGGUGGUGGUGGUGGUGAGGGUGGCGAUGGUUCCGACGGGGGAGGGGAUGGUGGUGGCGGGGAUGGGAGUGGUAGCGGAGGUAAUGACGGCUCCGGCGGCGGCAGCUCUCAAGCCGGGGGAGCCGGUAGCACAGCUACUCCGGUACCUGGUGGCGGUUCUGGAGGUGGUGGUGGAGCCGGUAGCACCGCUACUCCGGUACCUGGUGGCGGUUCUGGAGGUGGCGGUUCUGGAGGCGGCUCCGGAGGUGACAGCUCCCAAACCGGGGGAGCUGGUAGCACAGCUACUCCGGUACCUGGUGGCGGUUCUGGAGGUGGUGGUGGAUCCGGCGGUGAGAGUUCCCAGACUGGCGACACCGGUGGCCCAACCCCGACUCCAGGCCAGAGUCCCUGCAAAGCCUGCGGCGGCGGUGACGACGGCGGUUAUGGCGGUGAAGGUGGUGAUUCUAACGGCGGCGGCGGAGGCUCCGGUGGAGGCUCGGGCGGUGAUGGUUCCCAGACCGGAAGUGCACCAACCCCAACGCCGGCGCCGGGUAAUAGCCCCUGCGACAUCUGCGGCGGCGGCGGCGGCGGUGGCGGUGCUGGUGGGGAGGGCUCGACCGGGCCCAUCACAUCAGGCACGCCAACCGGCCCUGGUGGUCCCAUGGAGACUCUCACAAAACUGACAGUCCUCUACCCCAUCCCCUGCCCGUGCUCCAAGAACGAGACGUCGACUCCAACUCCCGACCCCAGCGCCAAAACGAUGCCCAUCAUAAACACUGGCGGAGGUGUGAAAGAUGCGCCUCCGGGUGUCAUCACGGCACUGGGGCUUGGUGGUGUCGCCAUCAUUUUCUUUGUUCUCUUGUGA